GGCCGGGCGGGAGGCAUGGCGGGGCCCCCGGCCCUACCCCCGCCGGAGACGGCGGCGGCCGCCACCACGGCGGCCGCUGCCUCGUCGUCCGCCGCUUCCCCGCACUACCAAGAGUGGAUCCUGGACACCAUCGACUCGCUGCGCUCGCGCAAGGCGCGGCCGGACCUGGAGCGCAUCUGCCGGAUGGUGCGGCGGCGGCACGGCCCGGAGCCGGAGCGCACGCGCGCCGAGCUCGAGAAACUGAUCCAGCAGCGCGCCGUGCUCCGGGUCAGCUACAAGGGGAGCAUCUCGUACCGCAACGCGGCGCGCGUCCAGCCGCCCCGGCGCGGAGCCACCCCGCCGGCCCCGCCGCGCGCCCCCCGCGGGGGCCCCGCCGCCGCCGCCGCCGCCGCCGCCGCCGCUGCCGCCGCCGCCGCGCCGCCGCCCACGCCCGCCCCGCCGCCACCGCCCGCGCCCGUCGCCGCCACCGCCCCGGCCCGGGCGCCCCGCGCGGCCGCCGCCGCCGCCGCCACAGCGCCCCCCUCGCCCGGCCCCGCGCAGCCGGGCCCCCGCGCGCAGCGGGCCGCGCCCCUGGCCGCGCCGCCGCCCGCGCCCGCCGCUCCUCCGGCAGUGGCGCCCCCGGCCGGCCCGCGCCGCGCCCCCCCGCCCGCCGUCGCCGCCCGGGAGCCGCCGCUGCCGCCGCCGCCGCCACAGCCGCCGGCGCCGCCACAGCAGCAGCAGCCGCCGCCGCCGCAGCCACAGCAGCCGCCGGAGGGGGGCGCGGCGCGGGCCGGCGGCCCGGCGCGGCCCGUGAGCCUGCGGGAAGUCGUGCGCUACCUCGGGGGCAGCGGCGGCGCCGGCGGCCGCCUGACCCGCGGCCGCGUGCAGGGGCUGCUGGAGGAAGAGGCGGCAGCGCGGGGCCGCCUGGAGCGCACCCGCCUCGGAGCGCUCGCGCUGCCCCGCGGGGACAGGCCCGGACGGGCGCCGCCGGCCGCCAGCGCCCGCGCGUCGCGGAGCAAGAGAGGUGGAGAAGAGCGAGUGCUUGAGAAGGAAGAGGAGGAAGAAGACGACGAAGAUGAGGAUGAGGAAGAUGAUGUGUCCGAGGGCUCGGAGGUGCCUGAGGGUGACCGUCCAGCAGGUGCCCAGCACCACCAGCUUAAUGGCGAGCGAGGCCCUCAGAGUGCCAAGGAGAGGGUCAAGGAGUGGACGCCCUGUGGACCCCACCAGGGCCAGGAUGAAGGCCGGGGGCCGGCACCGGGCAGUGGUACCCGCCAAGUGUUCUCCAUGGCAGCCAUGAAUAAGGAGGGGGGGUCAGCCUCUGCUGCCACUGGGCCCGACUCCCCAUCCCCUGUGCCUUUGCCCCCAGGAAAACCAGCCCUGCCCGGGGCUGAUGGAACCCCCUUUGGCUGUCCUUCUGGGCGCAAAGAGAAGCCGGCUGACCCUGUCGAGUGGACGGUGAUGGAUGUGGUCGAGUACUUCACCGAGGCCGGCUUCCCGGAGCAGGCAACAGCUUUCCAAGAGCAGGAAAUUGAUGGCAAGUCUUUGCUGCUCAUGCAGCGCACAGAUGUGCUGACUGGCCUGUCCAUCCGCCUGGGCCCAGCCCUGAAAAUCUACGAGCACCACAUCAAGGUGCUACAGCAAGGCCACUUUGAGGAUGACGACCCCGAUGGCUUUCUAGGCUGAGCGCCCAGCCUCCCCUCUGCCCCAGCCCAUUCCAGCCCCCAUCUCACCCAAGACCCCCAGAGUCCAGGAGCUGGAUGGGGACACUCAGCCCUCAACAGAUUCCAGUGAGGGGGCGUUCCUCCCUUCUCAUCUCUUCCCUGUGUUUUCCUAGCAUACACACAUUUGGCCCCCAGCACAUCCUGUACUCCAUAAUAGAGGAGUGUGGGGUGGGACAGGGCCUGCUCAUUUCAUCCCAGGAGGCCAGCCCUCCCCCCAAGUCUAGGACAUUUUUGGAAAAAAAAAAAAAAAAGUGGGGGCUUCCUAUCUACCCUAGAUCCUCUUCAGUUCACCCAGAUGUUUCCUAUAUAAAUGUUCUGUUUUACCUGUUCAUUUUGAUGGGUGGCCUUUCUUCUCUCCCCCACCACCCAUGCCCUAUCCCAGUCUGCCUCUGGCCUCCAGCCCCUGGGAACAGCUGGGGUGGGGUCCCUGGGUCUUCCCUAACCCUCUCCUUUCUUUCUGUUGGUUGUCGCUCCAGCUGGCUGUAUUGCUUUUUAAUAUUGCACCGAAGGUUUUUUAAAUAAAGUUUUAAAAAAAAA